UAGUAUGCAACAGGUGAUUGUCGUUUGAAUAACACGAAUUGACAACGUUAUUUGUUAUCAGAAUACUUCGUUACUGGUGAAACUCAUGUUUUCAUUCAUCGCUUUCUUCUUUCUUUUAUAUCUUUACAUGUACGCGUGGCCAGCUGAUCACAUGAAAAACAUGAGUCUAAGCAUUUCACGUAGUGUAUACGAAUUAAAGUGGUACGAUGAAACGGUAAGAAUGCAAAAGGAUCUACUGAACGUGUUGGUAUGUCAAAGCCCCUUAAAACUUUCCAUCAGUUUUCUAGUACCGGAGCUGUCUUUACGUUAUUACUGUACGUAUGUGUCCAAUGCUCUGUCCAUGUGUACCGCUCUACGUGCUAUUCUAGAUAAGAAUGUAGCAUAGCUGUAUUUAGAAA